CUCCCAGUAGGCAACAGGCUCCAAACUUCCCUCUACUACUUGACUUACCGUCCGUCCAUCCUAUCUAGGUCCCACACCAUCCUAAACAUUCCAUUCCUGGAUAACGGUUGACCGCUCCACAAUGGGUAGGACAAGCAAUCAACAGCACCGGACUUUCAAUCAAAACUUGUCUCAAAAUCUGCCCAUCUCUAGCAAAGUGCCAUCUGCAAUGAAAUGCUCCGAUCAGCAUGGCGGAACUCCAAGGAGGGCAUGUGGUCAGUCGACCCGAUAGUCUGUCCAUUUGCCAGGAAUGCAACUACAAUGCCAUGGUCUAGACUUAUUAUACAAGGUUGUCGCCUGUUCCCAGAUGUUAGACAAUGUCUUCCGCCCUCGGAUAGAUCCACGAGUAAGAGUCAAGCUGGUCUCCAGGAUGACUGCUGGCCUCGUGUUUGUUCCAAUCCCCGGGACAUUCAACGUCACUCGAAUGGCUCUCUGUCUGGUCGGCAACCGAAUGCAUCCCGGCAUUGUGUGCAAGGCCCAGUCGUACAGCUAGCAUCAGGUGCAACACCUAAGCUUUCCCUGCUUUGGAAAAUAGCAAUCCGGACGGGAUAACGGCAUGCUCGCAGUAAGUAUUUGGAAUUAUGCGUGCCCAGUUGUGCGGAACGUGUUUCACGAGUAUCCUUUGUACGCUCCUGACAAUCUGGGUUGUAUCAAC